AUGCCAGGUUUCGCUCGAAACUUCGCCGACUUCGAUCUCUCUCCUCCGGCCUCCAUUUUUGGCAAUCCAGGUUCGGCCGAUUUUGGGAUAGUGAUUCCGGCCACUUCUGGUCAGUUUUUGGGGUAUGUCCAAGAACAAAAGUGGUUCCAAAUAGGGUAUUACACUUGGGGUAGGAGUCUUGAGCCGUGA